AUGGAGGUACUGUGCGGUCUUGUGGCUGGAUUCACCCAUUUUGCGUUCCUGUCUGUCUUCUGUUGGAUGCUAGGUCAGGGUAUCUACAUUCUCCUGCAACUAGGAUACCAGAUGCUCUCUAAAGUUCGAAUGAAAAAGAGGCAUUAUGCCCUCUUUGGAUGGGGACUUCCUGCAGUGAUUGUUGGACUGACAGCCGCUAUUAAGAGUGGAUUCUGCUGGUUGUCCACAGAGGAGGGAGGCGUCUGGGCAUUUAUCGGUCCUGUCAUCGCCAUUCUUGUGGUCAGCAUGAGUGCGUUCUUUUGGGCGAUGCGGUCGUUCUUAUCUGUGAAGGCUUUCAAGAAUAAAUCCGAGAUGGAUAAGCUUUGGUCCAGUCUCCGAGCCGUCACUAUCUUGGCACCUACACUUGGUCUGACAUGGCUUUUUGGAAUCUUUGUGAAUCUUCACGUCAGUUUCCAGUAUAUCUUUGCCAUUCUCAAUUCGCUUCAGGGGUUUCUUCUUCUCGUGUUUCAAGUUGCAGCAAAUGACGAAGUAAGCUAA